AUGGUGAAGGGCCAGGCGGGCGCAGCUGCGGCUGCGUCCGGAGGGAAGAAGCGCGCGCGCGAGGAAGACCACGUGGGUGUCUCUGCGGCGUCGAAGCAUGCGCUGAAGAAGAAAAAAGGAGCUGUGUCGGCGCCCACGUUUGCCGCCGCGUCUUCGGCGUCUGUGGCUCAGAAGAAGAGCCGAGAGGCCUCCGCGAAGCCUGCAGCGCCUCAGGGCAAGAAGGUUGUGGGGGGAGAGGAGAAGAGGAGGGGCGGCGCAGAGGAAACCCGUCUGCCCCAGAAGAAGAAGCAGAGAACUUAUCAGUCUUCGGCGAACGCGACGAACGAAGCAGAGAAGAUCCCAGGUUGCAACGUCUCGCCUGCGCUCCUGAGAAAAGCUCUGGCUGGUCUCACCGCCUACGUGAUGAAGAAAGCCGGCGAAAAGGGGACUGAGGACUUGCUGCAGGAGAAGGGCUCUGCCACAAUCUCCCUCAUGCUCUCUCUGAAAAAUAUCCCUCAAACCUUCAGGAAACACCCCGUGCAAAUCGUCCUUCCUCACCCGCUGAACGACGUCUCCAAGGGCGAGGGCGAGUGCUGUCUGUUUGUGAAGGACCCGCAGCGCAAGUGGAAGGACAUCCUCGCGCCGGAGAAGCUGCCGGGUCUCACUCGUGUGAUGGGCAUCAGCAAGCUGAAGAAGAAAUUCCCUACCUUUCAAGACAAGCGCAUGCUGUGCGCCACCUACGACAUGUUCCUUUGCGAUAGAAAGAUCGCCGACAGACUCACACCCGUCCUGGGGAAACCCUUCAUUCAGUCCAAGAAGCUUCCUCUCCCCGUGAAGCUGUCUGCCUCGAACGUGCGGCCGGCGCUGGAGGAGGCGCUGCGCUCGACGUAUUUCUUCCUGCCGCGAGGCCCCUGCGUCGCGGUGAAGGUGGGCAAGGCGAACAUGCCGGCCGACCGCUUGUUUGAGAACGCGAAGAAGGCGCUGGAGGCCGCGUUCGCCUUCUUCGCGAACGACGCCAAGUUCCGCAACACCAUCCACGCAGUGUCUGUACAGGCCACGGACGCCCCGGCUCUCCCCAUCUACUCGCACGCGUCCUACGCAGAGGCCGCGCGGCACUACGUCUCCGCCACUGCCCCGGCGCCGCCGCCGAAGGCGAAGGAGACCAACAAGGCGGCGCCGAAAGCCGACAAGGAAGCAAAGGCGCCCCCCAAGGCCGCGCAGGCGAAAGCGGCCGCGGACGAGAAGACUGCGGGAAAGACCGGCAAGGCGCGUGCGACGCGGCCGCUGAUGCGCCUCAACGAGGGUGACGUCGCGAGCAAGAAGAGGAAACUGACUCAGGACGUCAAGGGGAAAUCCACAGACGCCGCUGGCGCCUCGCAAGCGAAAAAGAAGCUGAAAGUGAGGUGCACGUAA